AUGCUGGAACCAGGACAACAGAACCGUGUUCAGAAUGGCCAAAACAGAUCAGGAACAAAGCCGGAAAUGGCUAGGAACAGAGACAAAAACUCGAAGAAGGGGCAGGAAAAGGCACGGAAACGCCGUGAAGGCGAAAAAGGGCAAAACGAUAAUGAGGCGCUCUACCACCGAGACAAAGAAAAGGGGAGCGGGCACAGUCAUCAUCAGGGCUCAGAUUCUGAUGUCAUGUCAUCUUUUUAUUUGUUCAUUCUACAAGUAGCUGACGUGUGUUCAUCACGACAUUGUUCCCAUUCUUCUUCUGGCUCCGAAUUAGUGGCCACCUCCUCUCCUGAAGUUCUCUCAGCACAAUCUCCCCUCUCCCCAGUAUCUGCGUCUUGCAUUUCUUCAUCUUCUUCUAACUCAUCUUCAUCCUCCCCAUCUUCAACAUCUGCUUCUGCAUCCACAUCAACAUCAGCUUCCGUAUCAGCAUCUAUUUCAGCAUCAGCAUCAGCAUCUACUUCUAGAUCAUCAUCAUCUUCUAGGCUGUCAAUUGCCAUAUCCUCUUCAUCGUCUUCCUCCUCUUCUUCAUUAGGUUCCUCUGAAGGGCUUAGUGCCUCAGGUGCCUGA